GAUUGUGUACGCACGCAGACCCCACAGCCGAAGCUACAGAAAUGGCGGCGGACGGCGGCGGCUCUUCGCUGCACUUACCAUGUGUUUUUUCACCCAAAUCACGACAGUACUUAGCUCUGUGCGCCCAGGACGGCAGACUCCGCAUCUGGAACACGGACAGUAAAACGCUCCAGCAGGAGUACGUGCCUUCAGCCCACCUGAGCGCCACCUGUACGUGCAUCUGCUGGGGACCAUGCCGGAGUGUGAAGGAAGGGCCCCAAAGGAAGAAGAGGAAAUCGGAGGCGGUGCAUGUGGAGGAGAAGGCUGACCUGUUGGCGAUGGGCACGGCGGCCGGCAGUGUGCUGAUCUACAGUACAGCCAAGGGAGCCCUGCACUGCACCCUCGAUGGAGGUCACAGUGGAGGAGUGAAUUGUGUCCACUGGCAUCCUGAAGACAGUUUAUUAUACAGUGGCUCAGAUGACACAUACAUUGUAGAGUGGGACCUGCAGACGGGCAAGACACGGAGUAAGUGGAAGGCAGACCGCGCAGCAGUGACCAGUUUGUGUGUGAGUCCUGAUGGAAAGCUGCUGCUUUCAGCUGGAAACACGAUCAAGAUGUGGGACUUGGACACCAAGGAGGUUUAUAGAAAAUUCACAGGUCACUCAACAGCUGUGACAACCCUGCGAUUUGCCACCACGAGACCACCGGACAGCAACGGCCUGUACUUCCUCUCCGGGGCGUCACACGACCGACUGCUCAGCGUGUGGCAAGUACGAGAAGAUGGGAAGGACAAGAACUCUGUGGUGUCGUUCACGCUGACGGAUGAACCGCAGCACAUCGACGUUGUUGCAUCAAACGGCAAGGAAGAGGCAGUGAGGCUGGCGGUGGUGUGCAAGGACAGCCAGCUGCAUCUGUUCGAGCACUUCUUAAAUGGGCCUUGUAAGAAGCCCUUGUCACCAUCAUGUUCGGUGCAGCUGUCAGACACGAAGGAAUCCCCGAUGCCGAUCCCGCUGCUGGCGGCUACACUGGGAGUCGAGGCUCAGUCGGUGCUGCUGGCGUACGGCAGCCACCUCCACCCCGUCAUCGAGAGAGCCGAGAUCAACACGGCAGAGAGACAUGUUUGCUUAACUCGAGAUGUUCAGACCAGCAUGGCCCUAACCAUGGAGAGCACCGUCUCCAAGGUGAAAACUCCGGUUGUCAAUGCCAAGAGCAAAGUAUUGGUCCCUGGACUUCCAGGUCACCAAGCUCCGGCCAAGGGUCGACCCCCGCAGGGAUCAGAGAAGAGGAAAAAAGACACAGGCGCCAAAGAGAUGUCAAUCGCUGAGCGACUCGGUGAAAUAGAUUUGUCUGCGAUCUCGGGGGAGGGAGGAACCAAAGUGGCAGCUUCAUUACAGACGGACAACUUCGUAGUUCUUCUGGUUCAGGGGCUGGAGAGCAAAGACAACAGCAUCCUAAAUAAAGUUUUACAGACUCGUAAGGAGUUUAUAAUAAAGAAGACGGUUGCUCGGUUACCCCUCCCUGCUGUUCUACCUUUGGUGGAAGAGCUAACAAAGAGGCUUCAAGGACAUCCUGCAUCGGCUUUUCUGAUGGUACGAUGGCUGAAGGCCGUCCUCAUGCACCACACGUCAUACCUGGCAUCGCUGCCAGACUUGGUCAGCCAGUUGGGAGUCCUGUAUCACAUGAUCGAGAGCAGAGUCAAGAUGUUCCACAAGCUGACUAAACUGCACGGAAAGCUGUAUCUCUUAACGACGCAGGUGGCAGCAAGCGACAGCAGCAACACGGUUUCAGAUGUCGACCACACAGCCAAGCUGGUGUAUGAAGAGGAAUCAUCUGACGAAGAUGAGGCGUCUGAUGAUGAAGCUCUUCCCGACGACGGCUCAGAUAACUGGGAAGAGGAGGAGAUGAUGGAGGAGACGGGGGAGAAAGCGGACGACGAUGACGACGAUGAGGAUCCCGACAGUAGAAGAGAACCCAAAGCAAACGGAGAGGAGGACAUGGAACACGAGAACGAAAGUGAAGAAGAAUGAAAACAAAGAAAAAAAUCAGUUACUCAUAAAAAGGACCUGAAAGAGUUAUAUAUACUGUCAUUUUAUUUUCAUGCUUUUGAUUUUAUCAUAAAGGUUUUACAGAAUCAAGAGACUUAAAGGCGGCCGGAAGGAGCCGCCUCGUCUUGCCACAACUCCACCCGGUCUGACGCCGAGCGGGCCGACGCUCCGGCUCUGCCCUCCGCCAGUCUGCGUCCCAGUUCCACAAUCCCGACGAGUUUGCUUUGGAAAUGACAGCAAAGCUCACGUAGUGAUAUUUAGUUUGCCCACACUUGACUUCUGCAUUCCAAAUUUUAUAUAAUGUUAACAAAAAAUAGUACUAGAGCAUAUUGUUCGUCCAGCUUAGCAGUAGGCAUUACACCACUCUGUGAUUGGUUUGUUUUAAUUCAACUCUGGGCCAUCUGGAUCACUGGAGCGCGCAGUGCAAACGCUGCCGGAGUGGAGCUGGGACGCAGAUACUCCCCCCCCGUCCCUCAGCUGUUUGUUGUACAGAAUACCGGAGGUGGAGCCGAGGCUGAGGCCGUACCUUACAUCAGGUUCCGACUAUGUAAAUCUGUAUGUACAGUGAAGUGUUUGUAUGAGCUCUUCCCUCUACAACCAACCCCCCCAGACCUUCUUGGGAUUAAAUGAAUUCCUGUAAAGUCCUGAAUGUUUGGUUUUUGUUUUUUUUUCUUUUACGUUCUCAGAUUUGUAGCACGUCUUGUUUUAACCGUUCCUUUAAAUGCUUGGAGUUUUUUCCUGCCUUUACUUAUGUUUGCUGCCUUUAACCCUGUGUUCACAGGAGCAACCGAGGAGAAGAAACUGUGAACUUUUGCUCUAAUAGGUGAAUAAAUGGGCUUCCAAAAUAA